AUGCCAGAGAUACUUGUAGCCCCAGCAGACCUGCCAGAGAUAUUUGUUAUUAAGCAGACCUCCCCAGCAGACCUGCCAGAGAUACUUGUAGCCCCAGCAGACCUGCCAGAGAUACUUGUAGCCCCAGCAGACCUGCCAGAGAUACUGGUAGCCCCAGCAGACCUGCCAGAGAUACUUGUAGCCCCAGCAGACCUGCCAGAGAUACUUGUAGCCCCAGCAGACCUGCCAGAGAUACUUGUAGCCCCAGCAGACCUGCCAGAGAUACUUGUAGCCCCAGCAGACCUGCCAGAGAUACUUGUUAUUAAGCAGACCUACCUGCCAGAGAUACUGGUAGCCCCAGCAGACCUGCCAGAGAUACUGGUAGCCCCAGCAGACCUGCCAGUGAUACUUGUAGCCCCAGCAGACCUGCCAGAGAUACUUGUAGCCCCAGCAGACCUGCCAGAGAUACUUGUAGCCCCAGCAGACCUGCCAGAGAUACUGGUAGCCCCAGCAGACCUGCCAGAGAUACUUGUAGCCCCAGCAGACCUGCCAGAGAUACUUGUAGCCCCAGCCGACCUGCCAGAGAUACUUGUAGCCCCAGCAGACCUGCCAGAGAUACUUGUAGCCCCAGCAGACCUGCCAGAGAUACUUGUAGCCCCAGCAGACCUCCCAGAGAUACUUGUAGCCCCAGCAGACCUGCCAGAGAUACUUGUAGCCCCAGCAGACCUGCCAGAGAUACUUGUAGUCCCAGCAGACCUUCCAGAGAUACUUGUUACUAAUUAG